CUCACGCGCUCUCAUGUCGCGCCGAUUUCACUCCUGCCAAACCAGAAAUCCCAAACAAGAUACGCUCUCCUCUUCAAACCAACAAUGGCUACCCAAUAAAUUCUGAAGAAAAAUUUCAAAAUUUUCUAUCAGUAACAAUGGAGUCCGAGCUAAAAACCCUAGCUCCAACCCCGUCUGGGUCUCUAUCCGAAUCCACCAUGCCCAUCGACGAUGACCGCCCGCUCCUUAAAUCCGAUCCGAACACUCCCCAAAUCCAAUCUCAAGUGUGCAAUCCUAAUAUUGAAGAGAUGGAGAAGAAGUAUGCGGCUUAUGUGAGGCACGAUGUGUACGGGACAAUGGGACGGGGGGAGCUGCCUUGGCCCGAGAAAUUGUUACUUGCGCUCGGCCUGAUUUUAUUGGUUCCGAUUAGAGCAGUGGCUUCGAUGAGUAUAUUAGUAAUUUAUUAUAUAAUUUGUAGGCUUUGCACAGUGUUAAAGGCUCCCAACAGGGAGGAUGAGCAGGAGGAUUAUGCGCACAUGGGCGGGUGGAGGAGGGCGGUGAUUGUGCAGACUGGGAAGUUUUUAUCGAGAGGUUUGCUGUUUGUUUUUGGCUUCUAUUGGAUUCGGAAAACAAUUAGGAGUAAUGAUGCUGAGGGGAAGGUGAACAAUGAGAACGAGUCUAUGGAUCAAUCUGAAGAUAUGGAAAGACCUGGGGCUAUUGUGUCAAAUCAUGUAUCUUAUUUAGAUAUAUUGUACCACAUGUCAUCUUCUUUCCCAAGCUUCGUUGCCAAGAGAUCAGUGGCAAAACUUCCUCUCGUUGGUCUCAUCAGCAAGUGCCUUGGUUGUAUCUAUGUACAGCGGGAGUCAAAAUCAUCCAACUUCAAGGGAGUCUCAGGUAUUUUUUUUUCCCUUUUCCAUUCCAUUUGUUUAAAUUCUUCUCCACUUACAGAAGGGACGACCACAAAUGGAGACUACAUCCUUCCAUUUAAGACUGGUGCAUUUUUAGCCAAGGCUCCAGUGCUUCCUGUCAUUUUAAGAUAUCCAUACCAGAGAUUUAGCCCUGCAUGGGACUCUAUUUCAGGGGCGCGCCAUGUAUUGCUUCUUCUGUGUCAGUUUGUAAAUUACAUGGAAGUGACACAAUUACCUGUAUAUUGUCCAUCACAACAAGAAAAGGACGAUCCGAAGCUUUAUGCUGAGAAUGUUCGACGGUUAAUGGCUCGUGAGGGUAAUUUGAUUCUUACGGAUAUAGGCUUGGCUGAGAAACGAGUAUAUCAUGCUGCUCUUAAUGGUAAUAAUAGAAUGCGUACUGUUUUGCAUCAGAAAGACGAUUGAUAAUAUUCAUGGCCUCGCUCUGAAAAGUUAUCUUGUCCAUCUUGGAUCCGUGUUACUGUUUGUGUUGCUAUUGAAUAUGGUGGUUUCCCACCCAAAAAACCAAAAAUAUAUUUGUGUUCUAUCGUACUUUUGUAACUUUUUUAUACAUAAACAGGUGGCCAUUAAUUAUAAUGUUACGAUUUUCUUUGGAGUUCUUUUUCA